UUUUUAGUAAUAAUUUUUCAUACAAGAAGAAAUUUUUAUAAAUAAUGUUGCGAUAAAGUCACUGUCAUGUGAGUGGCAUUGUGGUAAUUGCAUUUCGAGACGAGUUUUUGGUGUCAAAAGAUUUUAUUUUAUUAAUUUGUUUGUCAAUACUUCUGAAAAAUCAUAAUUUUAAAAGUCCUCAACACAGUCAACUAUGGAGCUGUGCUGGAUACUAGGGUAUCUGCUUUUGUUGGCAAAAACUACACUCCAGCUCGAGUCAUCAAGUUACACCGGUGCAGUGGUUGAGUACUAUCCGGUAACCCACAGCAUAAACAACGAAAAACCCUCCCACAUCAAUGCCGACAACUACGUGAAAAUAAUAAAAAAAGCAUCGGAUUACUCAGCUGACAUUCUGGUGUUCCCCGAAUCCAGCUUGUCGACGCCAACCUCGAUGGACCCCAAGAUCUCUCGCAGUGAAGCUGCUUCGUAUGUCCCGGACCCUCGGGACAACCUCGUCCCCUGCGACGACAAGACCUACGCAUACUCAUUGAGGACGAUAUCGUGUGCUGCUCGGGACCAUCGAAUGUACGUGGUGGUGAACCAUCGCGAAAAGGUCGAUUGCCUCGGCAACACCACGGGAUGUCCCAGCGACAACCUUUUGAUCUACAACACAAACGUAGCCUUCGACCGUCAGGGAAGGGUCAUCGCCAGGUACCGAAAGUUCAACCUUUUCGGCGAGCGUGGAACCAACGUCACCGAAGAUCCUGUCACGUCGACCUUCCGGACGGACUUUGGGGUGACCUUUGGCCAGUUCAUCUGUUUCGAUGUACUGUUUUCUCGUCCAGCACUGAAUUUAACCACCCAAAUGGGGAUUAGGGACAUUAUUUUCUCCAGCCAUUGGUUUUCCGAGCUACCUUUCCUCGUCAGUGUUCAAGCGCAAGCCGGAUGGGCCCACGCCAACGACGUCAAUCUUUUGUCUUCCGGUUACAAUAUGCCACUGACUGUCAGUGGAGGCAGUGGAAUUUUCAUUGGCCGCGAAGGGUACAGUCAGGUCCUCCUCAGAACCAAACCGGCGAACGUUCUCAUGGUAUCGGAAAUACCUAUGGUAAUCGACGGUAAGCGACUGGUAAACAUCAAUACUGAAAAAUCUUUCACCUACGAGUUCGACGAAUCGGAGAUCAACACGACCACGUCAGCAUUUUCCAAGUCAUUCGUGCCUCUAAUUGAAGAUUUGAGUAUUUACACGACGAAGAAAAUCGAUCUGAAGUCUAGCGUGAGUGACGAGAUCUUGUGUGAUCGAGAACUCUGCUGCGACUUUAAGUUCAACGUGAGCUUUCACAAGAAUAUGGCCAACGAUGAUGCUCGUUACUAUAGAUACAGAAUGGCCGUGUUCAAUGGGACACGGACUUUCCGGGGAGUUGCUACCGGUGGGAUAAAAAGUUGCGGGAUAAUCUCCUGCACCAAUAACACUUUAAGUAGCUGUGGUAGAUUAAUCGAUCCCAGCGUGAGAAUAAGCUCACCGACAACUUUCCACUCGAUAGAAAUAACAAUGCGAAACGUCAGCUAUGAGAACCAUUUCUUCAUGCCGGCCGGCAUAUCAAGGGACUUGCUGCCUUUGAACGUGACGGAUUACACUUUCGAGACGACCGAUCUCUUGAAUGGUACUUCGACGCGGAAGAUGGUAUUGACCAAGCCGAGAAACGAUUUGCUGACUUUUGCCAUUUUUGGUAGAAAUUUUGCCGUGGAUGGCUCGGAUGUCACAAAAAACGCCUCUUCGAAAAACAUUUUCAAAAAGACAUUGUUUAUCAUCGCGUUGAUUUUCAUGAGCUGUCGUUAUUUGAAUCUUUGGUCAUAAGUGCAUCGCUCGAACUAUUGUCAGAUUUUUCCUUAAAACAAACUUGAAACUGUUUGUAAUAAAAUUGUACUUAUAGAGGACAUAUUUUCAUUCGCACUCAGUGAAAAUGUUACGGUGUAUAGCUUAAUCCUUUCUCACGUAUACAAAAUUUACAAUUAAUUAAAUGGUUAAAUG